UGGAGCUGUUUCAUCCUCCCCCGUCGCCCUCCUAUAUCACAUUCCGUUCUCAUUCAAUUAAAACCCAAAAACCAUGCUGCAAAAUUCGCCGGAGAAUUUUUCCGAUGAUCAUUCCCUCGCUCCCUCUCUCCUAGAAGACCCAACAUAUGAUGCCGGAAAUAUCGAAAAGAUAGGCAUAGAUGAGAUGCUGCAAAGAUUUUCCGGCGAGUUCGGCUGGUGGCAACUAAAGCACUUUGUGUUAACGAGCCUUGCUUGGUCUUUGGAGGCCUUUCAUACCAUGGUCAUGAUAUUUGCUGAUAGGGAACCGGAUUGGAGGUGCACUCCUGGUCAUGGCUCAGCCUGCGCUCGAGCCAUGGGCUCGGUGUGCGGUUUGGAGUCCGGCUCGUGGGAAUGGGUUGGCGGCUCGCGGGUUUCCACAGUUUCAGAGUUUGGAUUGGUCUGUGGGGAAAAGUAUAAAGUCGGCUUGGUUCAGUCGGCUUUCUUUGCAGGCGGGCUUCUUGGUGCGGGAAUUUUCGGACACCUUUCCGACUCUUUUCUAGGCCGGAAAGGGACACUCACACUGGUAUGUGCAUUGAACGCCGUAUCCGGCAUUUGUACGGCGAUGGCACCGAACUACUGGAUAUAUUUCAUACUCCGCUUUCUCACCGGAGUUAGCACUGGAGGCGUUGGCCUCUGCUCCUUCGUCCUUGCCAACGAGCCUGUGGGCCCCACCAAACGUGGGGCUGCCGGAAUGUCCUCCUUUUACUUCUUCUCAGCUGGAAUCUUGAUACUUUCAGGGAUUGCCUACAUUUUUCGGGAAUGGCGGUCCCUCUACCUAGCGACCUCUUUGCCCUCCAUACUGUUCGUAAUUUGUGUGGUGCCCUUCAUCUUGGAGUCUCCUAGGUGGUACCUGGUGCGUGGCCGUCACUCUGACGCGAUGCAUGUAAUGAAGAAGAUUGCAGAGUCGAAUGGUGCCCACCUUCCCGCCGGAAUCUCACUCGUACUAGACAACCAAUCAUCGGAAUCGGACGAAUCAUCAGAAAACUCUGCCUCUCUCCUCGAUGUCGUCAAGACUCCCUUAACCAGAAUGCGCCUUAUACUAAUGGUCUGCAUCAACCUAGCAUGCUCCAUUGUUUACUAUGGCCUAAGCCUCAACGUCGUGAAUUUGGGAACAAACCUCUACCUCAAUGUGUUUGUGAACGGGAUUUCCGAGAUGCCGGCCUUUACCAUAACAGCAGUGCUGUUGGGAAAGUUUGGAAGGAGGGCUAUGGUCAUCGCGACCAUGGGACUAAGUGGCGCUUUCUGCAUUCUAGGUAGUGCUAUGAAGGGGGAGGGGUUAAUCAAAGGGAUUAGGAUGCUUUGUGGAGUAAUGGGGAUUUUUGGGAUGGCAGGAACCUAUAAUUUGUUGUUCAUUUAUACGUCGGAGUUGUUCCCGACAGUUGUCAGAAAUGCAGCAUUGGGGUGUGUAACUCAAGCUGGACAGGUAGGGGCCAUAUUGGCGCCAAUGGUGGUGGUGCUGGGGGGAGUGGGCAGUGGCGGACCUGCGUUUGGAGUGUUCGGGGCAUGCGGUUUGGCGGGAGCUGCACUUGCAUUUUGCUUGCCUGAGACACUGAACCAGCCCUUGUAUGACACUAUGGCUGGCCUAGAGGAUGCAGAGGGUGAAGAGAGAGACAUGCAGAGAACAAAGAUUUAAUAGUGAAACUUGGGGUUGAGAGUUAGUGUAAGCCAAUAAUUUUGGGUUCAGAGUUGAUAUAGAGCAGUUGUGCCGAGAAGAGUGAAGGUUGCCUCAUUUUGUUUGAUGAUAAAAUUAACUAGUUUAAGUUAAAACCAUGGGAUUAGAGGAUCAUAUUGAAUUCCAAACAUUUGCAACCUGGAAUUCCUCUGUAUCAAAACAAGCAAGACGUUUCAUGGCUGCUAUCUUGUUCCCUCAUUUUAUCAAUGACGAAUGCAUAUUUUCCCCAUUUUUUUCUUGUA